AUGAACAAAGAUUUCGAACUGCGACUCUGUCGCACGGUGGGCGGCAGCCCAGCCAGCACCAGCAGCAGCGCCACUAGUCUCCACAACAACAGCGCCUUCCUCUCGCCCAUCGAGGUGACCUCGUCGAUGUUGACCUCGCCAGCGAAGCGCUCCUACGCCUCCAUCGGCGGCGGGAGCUCCUCGUCGUCCUCUUCACCCUACAGCUCGCCCGUGAAGACCUCUCCGUACAGGCAACUGCCCGAGUACAGCGAUCGCUACAUACCGAUUCGAGAACCUAAUCAGUGGGACGUGCGCUUCAAUAUGAUCAAGGACACCACCAAAUCGCUGACGAUCAAGAAGACCAAGGAGGCCAACACUGACGUCUACAAGAACGGCCUCGCCUACCAGUGUCUACUGAAGAAUGAGCUGCUCGGCGCGGAGAUUGAGGACAUCAACGAGUACCGGCAGUCGGACGAGCGGAAGGCCUUCACGCCGCUGGUCAACCGAAAUGUGUUCAGGUACCGAACGAGGGAAGUGCACAGCGAGCCGACCAGCCCCUACUCGCUCUGCCCCAUCAGCCAGAAGAGUCAGAAGAUGCUGCGGUCGCCGCGGAAGACGGCGCGGAAGAUCAGCAAGAUUCCCUUCAAGGUGCUGGACGCGCCGGAGCUCCAGGACGACUUCUACCUCAACCUGGUGGACUGGUCCAGCACGAACAUCCUCAGCGUCGGGCUGGGCACCUGCGUCUACCUGUGGAGCGCCUGCACCUCGCAGGUGACGCGCCUGUGCGAGUUCACCAACCACUCCAAUCCGGUCACCUCGGUCGCCUGGUCGGAGAGGGGCAAUCACGUCGCCGUGGGCACCCACCGGGGCUUUGUGCAAAUCUGGGACGUGGCGGUGAACAAGAUGGUGAAGGUGCUGGAGGGCCACAACGCGCGCAUCGGCACUCUGGCCUGGAACGGCGACAUUCUCAGCAGCGGCUCCCGCGACCGCUUCAUCUUCCAGCGGGACAUUCGCACGCCCUCCCUCAUCCCCGAGCGGAAGCUGGCCGGCCACCGGCAGGAGGUGUGCGGCCUGAAGUGGUCGCCGGACAACCAGCACCUCGCGUCCGGGGGCAACGACAACCGCAUCUUCAUCUGGAACCUCAACAGCAGCACACCGCUGCAGACGUACACGGAGCACCUGGCGGCGGUGAAGGCGAUCGCCUGGUCGCCCCAUCACCACGGCCUGCUGGCCAGCGGCGGCGGGACGGCCGACCGGUGCAUCCGCUUCUGGAACACCCUCACCGGACAGCCGAUGCAGUGCGUCGACACCGGCUCGCAGGUGUGCAACCUGGCGUGGUCGAAGCACGCCGCCGAGCUGGUGAGCACGCACGGCUACUCGCAGAAUCAGAUUCUCGUGUGGAAGUACCCCAGUCUGGUGCAGGUGGCCAAGCUGACCGGCCACUCCUACCGAGUGCUCUACCUG